AUGGGGUCCGGACAGAAGCUUCGAUGUUCCGCCUUUCUGCUGGUUCUCCUGGGUCUUCUCACACCCACAAGCAGCGCAGAGAAGGUUCUGCUGGUACCUCCGCCAGUGGGCGACAGCCACUGGAUGGCUAUGGCCAAAAUUGGUCGUGCUUUGGUGGAUAAAGGUCAUACGGUCGCGGUCGUGAUCCCACAGGACUUAAUGGUUAAACGCCGGGCAGAGUGGCCCGACUUUCAGUUUGAGGCAUUCCAAGACCAAGGAACCUACGUAAGGCUCAAGGAAAUACAAGAAAAAGGUUUAUCUACGGCUGGGAAAUUGUCUAUCUUUGAGUUUGCAAAUCUAUUCUACGCUAUGUCAGGAGAGUUAAUGAAACACUGUUCUCUACUUCUGGGUGACAGUAAGCUGGAACAUCAACUUAGAGCAUCCCAGUACAGUGUGGUGAUUUCCGACCCCAUUUUUCCUUGCGGCGCUAUCCUCUCAGCCCAUCUAGACAUCCGAGUCCCUCACAUCGCCGUUUUGCGUUUAGAUUUCUUCCUUGACGAAAGAGGUACAGGUGUACCAAUCCCUCUCUCGUACGUUCCAUCUAUAGUUACCGACUUUACCGAUGAUAUGACCUUUGAACAACGAGUUCAGAACGUUAUCGUAUCUACUCUUCUACCAUUGGUGGCACAGUCUAUUGUGAGUAGCGCAUUUGACGGACUGGUCCGUACCUACGUCGGUAAGGAGGAAACUAUUCAGAGCGUGACGUCACGUACGGACUUGUGGCUCUAUCAAACCGACGAUGUGCUGGAUUUUCCUCGUCCCAGCAUGCCCAACAUGGUUCAAGUUGGAGGACUGAAUGUCGGUGAAGCAGCCCCCCUUACCAAGGACAUGGAAGCGUUUGUAAAGAGCUCUGGAGACGAUGGAGCGAUUGUCGUUAGUUUCGGGUCGAUAGUUAAGACGAUGUCGACAGAGAGGCAAGAAGUCUUCGCGGCAGCCUUCGCCCGACUCCGGCAGAAGGUGGUGUGGCGGUACGUGGGAGCGCAGCCGACCAGUCUGGGAAACAACACCAAACUACUGGCCUGGCUACCUCAAAACGACUUGUUGGCUAACCAAAAGACCCGAGCCUUCGUCACUCACGCUGGGUCGAACGACAUGUACGAGGCCCUGCACCACGGCGUGCCCAUGGUCUGUCUGCCGCUGUUCUCGGAUCAGCCCGCUAACGCCGCCCGGGUGGUGGCCAGGGGCCUGGGGGUGAAGUUGGACUUCAGCACGGUCACCUCCGACCAGUUGUACCAGGCCAUUCUUCAUGUCGUCACCAACACAAGCUACCAAGAGACGGCAGCCCGCCUGUCCCGCCUGCACCAUGACCAGCCCCAGUCACCCAUGGAUCGGGCCGUCUGGUGGAUAGAACACGUCAUCAAACAUGGCGGACUGCCUCAUCUCCGCGCACGCGCCGUGGAGCUGCCGUGGUACCAGUACUACCUGCUGGACGUGGCCGCGUUCCUGCUAGCCGUGUGUGCAGCUGUCCUGGGUACCGUGUGGUACAGCUGUUCGUUCAUCUGUAGGAAGAUUUGCUGUAAAGGUGAAGCCAAGCUGAAGUCUCAGUAGAAACUUCAGAUAUAUCGUGAAGUGCACGCAAAUAGUGCUACCCGAUAAGAUGACUUUUAAUCAUUAACUGUGAGGUAAUCCCUUUUCUGUAUACACGUUAAACAAACAUUGCAGAGAUAUAGCAUUUUGACCUUUGGCACGUUAGUCAAGCUGGCGUCAAUUUUGACAAUUAAGCGUCUUUCUCAGUAUUUUGGCAGUCCAUGUCAUCCAGAGAAUGUCAUCCAUAAAAAGCACUUACAGUAGAAUCAA